GCCAGGUAGCGAUAACAAACAUGGCGUAUGUAAUUGGGAUUGGGGUUUUAAGAAAACUUGUUUUGAAGGUCAAUAAAAAUGCAUUGCUUUUGGGGUGUUCUCGUAACGUAGCUGCAUGGAACAAGGACUGGAAGCCAGGGCCCUAUCCUAAGACUCCUGAAGAACGAGCUGCUGCAGCAAAGAAGUAUGGUUUAAUUCCUGAAGACUAUGUACCAUAUCCUGAUGAUGGAGAUGGGUAUGGUGACUAUCCCAAACUUCCACCUAUUUCUGGUGAAGCAAGAGAUCCUUAUUAUGCUUGGGACUUUCCAGUUUUAAAGAAAAACUAUGGUGAACCUCUACAUGUGAUAUCUGACAUGCUUGGUGAAGAUAGGUACAACAUUAAUGCUAAGCCUCGUUUCUCCACUGCCACUCAGUUGAUGGUGUUUUUGGGAGUCAUGACUGUACUUGCUAGUUUGUUUCUUCUUGCUGAAAACUUCAGCUAUGUCCAUCCAGUGAUGCCUAAACAGUAUCCUGGUCCUGGAGUGAAACAUUAUACAUUUGAACCUGCUGAGUGACAGUAACAUUAAAAAAAUUUGAAAUAAUUAAGUGUAUAUAGUUUUCUUGGAACUCUAGUUAUUUUUUGUGGAAACAAAACUUCCUCUUAGAUUAGAUAAAAGGAACUGUUGAA